UGUCCCUGCGAAAAGUUUCGUUGCGUCCAGAUUACCGAGACAACCCUAUGCACUUCUCCAAUUUGCAUCUCCAUGGCCAUCUCCCACCCCAACCUCUGCUCACUCGGUCUAGUUUCCCACGUAGAAAGCAUUUCCCAAUUUCCAUUCCAAAAACCUCAACUAGACCCCAAUCCGCAUUUCCCUUCGCAUGCCACGGCACCAAACCUAAAUGCCGACGCUUCGAAAUCCGAAACUCAGUAUUCGCGGACCCGAAGAAUGGCAAAGACAGUGAGAAGGUUCCUGAAAGUUGGGUCGGUCUUGUUGGGUCGGUUUUUCCCGGUGGUAGUUGGUGGAAUCUACGGGAAAACGACAAUGUGGAAAUCACAGCGGCGAAGCCAAUCACGGUUAUUCUCGCUCUCCGUCGAAUGUGGGAAUUGAUAGCUGAGGAUAGAUGGGUUGUUUUUGUUGCAGUUGGUUCCCUGGUCGUCGCUGCGCUUUCAGAAAUAUCAAUACCAAGUGUAUUGGCAGCGUCAAUCUUUUCUGCACAGAGUGGUGAGACCAUGCUGUUCUCUAGGAACUCACAAUUUUUGGUUAUAUUGUGUUUUACAUCGGGGAUAUGCAGUGGUCUGCGAAGUGGCUGUUUUGGAGUUGCAAAUAUGAUCUUGGUUAAGCGUCUCAGGGAAACUUUCUAUUCAGCUAUUCUUUUUCAGGAUAUAUCCUUUUUCGACAGAGAAGCAGUUGGUGAUUUGACGAGCAGGAUCGGGGCAGAUUGUCAACAACUGUCUCGUGUUAUAGGGAAUGAUGUUCAUCUAAUAUUACGCAAUGCUGUUCAGGGUACAGGUGCAUUGAUCAAUCUGCUGAAUUUAUCUUGGCCUCUCGCAUUAUCAACUUUGCUGAUAUGCUCUGUUCUAUUAACGAUCUUUCUGUUUUAUGGACAGUACCAAAAGAGAGCUGCAAAAUUAACCCAAGAGUUCACUGCUGAUGCCAACGAAGUUGCACAAGCAACACUAUCUUUAGUGAGAUCAGUCCGGGCUUAUGGAACUGAAAGGAAAGAAAUUGGAAGGUACAAGCAAUGGCUGGACAAGUUAGUUUUUAUUAACUUUCGAGAAAGUGUGGCUUAUGGAUUGUGGAAUAUGAGUUUCAGUACCCUAUACCGCUCGACGCAGGUUAUUGCGCUACUGUUGGGAGGAAUGUCUAUUAUGAGUGGUUAUGUGUCAGCUGAACAACUUACUAAGUAUAUACUGUACUGUGAGUGGUUAAUUUAUGCAACUUGGAGGUUCACAGAUAGUUUAUCAUCAUUACUACAGUCUGUCGGAGCUAGUGAAAAGGUCUUCCAGUUAAUGGAUCUCUUGCCUAGUGACCAAUUUUUAUCAAAAGGUGUGAAGUUGGAGAGGGUGAUGGGAAAUAUUCAAUUUGUAAAUGUAUCUUUUCACUAUCCUUCAAGGUUAAUGGUGCCCAUUCUAGAAGACAUAAACAUCUCCGUGCAAGCAAGCGAAGUGGUUGCAAUUGUUGGCCUAAGUGGUAGUGGAAAAAGCACAAUUGUCAAUCUUUUACUCCGUCUUUAUGAGCCAAUUAAUGGUCAGAUCUAUAUUGAUGGUCUCCCCCUUAGAGAGUUGGAUAUCAGGUGGCUGAGACAAAAAGUUGGAUUUGUUGGACAGGAACCUCAUCUCUUUCAUAUGGACAUCAAGUCAAACAUCAGAUACGGUUGCUCUAGACACGUUGAACAGGAAGAUAUAGAACGGGCUGCGAAGCAGGCCUAUGCUCAUGAAUUUAUCUCAUCUCUUCCUGCUGGUUAUGAUACCCUUGUUGAUGAUAAUUUGCUCAGUGGGGGACAGAAGCAGCGGAUAGCUAUUGCUAGGGCCAUUCUUAGAGACCCUGCUAUUCUGAUCCUUGAUGAAGCCACCAGUGCACUAGAUUCAGAAAGCGAACAUUAUGUUAAGGGGGUUCUUCAUUCGUUUAGAAAUGACAUCAAAGCAAACAGAACCGUCAUUGUAAUAGCACAUAGGCUCUCUACCAUCAAAGCUGCUGAUAGAAUCAUAUUACUGGACAGUGGUCGAGUCAUUGAGACGGGUGAUCACACAGAGCUGCUCCUGAAGGACGGCUUGUAUGCGCGAUUGUUUAAAGCUCAAAGAGGAACAAAAAACCUAGAUUUCCGAGAGAACAAGCAGCGAAGAAAGUUGUCAAUGAGCCCCCAGUUCUGGAUUAUACUGAUAAAAGACAAAAUCUUAGAGCAGAGAAAUGAUAACAUGGUGCUGGUGGCGCAGCCAUUGCAAAUAGGACUCUUGCAAAGCUCUUGAGCAAGACUGCAUAUUACAUAUUGUUUUUGUCAAUGGCGUGUAACCGCCCUUCUGGUUUGACUACAUGAGAGGAACAAUAGAUGAAACUUCAUACUACCGGGGAGACGGAAGGAGGAGGUUUAAUCUGCAGCAUAAUACAUGAUAGAUUUGUAGCUUGUCUCCCUCUCUCUCCCUCUCCCUUUGAAGAUUUAUGUAAAUUCAUGUAGAACCCGACAUUUUGCCAAUCAAACUUUUGUUUCGUUAUCCAUUGAUCUACAUUUUUUUCCCCGGGAUUUAUGAAAGGAUGGAUGUAAUUCUCACUCUCAGUUGAAGCUGAUGUUGUAUCAUUCAAAAUGGAUCACCCCCUUCCUUUUCAGGGGGAGACCUUAUUGUUUGUUGUA